GGUACUUAAAGCUUCUCUGUUCACUGUAAUGAAAUGUGAUGACUUAUUGUUCUUUCUUAUGCUGCUUUUGAAAAGCUUUCGGUUACACAUAGUUGAUCUUGACCCUUCCUCGGUCACAACUGGAGGCUGGCUUGAAGAUACUUCAUUGGUUGAGAAGUAUACUAUCUCAGAAGAGGACUAUGCUAAACGAACUGACAGUUAUAGGAAAUUUAAAGAAAAAAGAGUGGCUCAGAAUCCGGCUGCUUCCGAGGUUAAGACAAAGGAGGAGGACUUCAUGGAAGAUCUCUGUGCAAAUAUCAAGGUGGGAGAUAGAUGCCAAGUUGAGCCAGGGGAGAAAAGAGGAGUGGUCAAGUACGUUGGACGAGCAGAGUCGUUGGGUCCUGGCUAUUGGGUUGGGAUCCAGUAUGAUGAACCCCUUGGCAAACACGAUGGCAUGGUGAAAGGAACAAGGUUAUUUGAAUGCCCUCAGCUUCAUGGUGGUGUGGUCCGGCCUGACAAAGUAAAGGUUGGUGAUUAUCCAGAAAGGGACCCCUUCGAGGAAGAUGAAAUAUAAGCUUUUCAAACCAGCGAAAGGAGUUUGAAAGAUUUGCUUUUUGUACCUCUUGUUUCGGUUUUCAAAAGAGUUUGUGAAACACUCAAUGCAACAACACUUAAAAAUGUAUUUUAACUUUGAUGAAGAAUAAUAAACUACUAAAAGAUUCUUAUAUCC